UAACACUAGGAAGUAGUCCAAAACACAGCUACGGGGGAAUCUGCACUCAUAAAGUCAUGCCUUCCUUUCGCGAUGACCAUAUCAUUGUAAUACAAGUAGGUUCUUUAUAUCAUCGCGCUGUUCUUGGGCUUGCUGAAUCAUUAGGACCACCAACAAUUCGCGUGAGGACCAGAGUUGGAAAGAAUGAAAAAGGAGAAUAUAUGUUCAGCAAUAAAAAAGAGAACGGAUUAAAACAAGAGAAGACUCCAAAAGAAGAGGAUUCAAAGCAAAACGAAAUUCUGGAAAAGCCAGCAGAAUUACAGGAUCAAGACUCGUCGACUGCUAACGAUGCGGCAGAAGCAGAUACUCAGAAGGAAGAAUUUAGUGCCUCUUUUCAAUCUGACUGUAACGUUGAAGAUUGGGAACCUCUUCCAAAUGAGAUUCAACCCAUACAAAAAGGAUAUGUCGUUGAUUGGGACGCAUUGAGAGCAUUCUGGAAGCACCUCUAUUCUACUAUUCUCAGUAAGUCAGUGGAGUCUUUUUCGCAAUAUCCUGUAUGCUUAUUAAUACCAACUUAUUGGUCCUUUUACGAUCGGGAGCUUGCUACUCAAUUCUUUUUUGAAGAGCUACAUGUGCCAGCAUUUACAAUUGGUUAUGAGUCAUUGAUGGGAUUAUACGCCAUUGGUGUUUUGCAUGGGCUUGUAAUUGACGUUGGUUAUGAAAAGACAGAUAUCACUCCUAUUUUGGACGGCCAGAUUCUUUUUUCUGCGACACAGCAAAUUCCGUUAGGUGGAAGAAACAUGACUUUACACCUGCAAAAGCUAAUGUUAGAAUCUCUGCCUACACUCCAAGCAACAGGAAAGCAUGUUGAUCAAGAGCACAUUACCGAGUUGCUUGCGGAACAAGUUAAGUGUAGCGAGAUCACUCAAGUUUUGCGGGAGGAGCAAGAUGCAUCUAAAGAAAAAACAAAGCGAGAGGAGGAAUUCAAUACAAGCAAAGAUGAAGAAGGCGUCGAAGACAUUGGGAAAAUUGUGGCUACCGGUCAAACAAGAGCAUAUCUUGCUCGGAAAGAAGAAGAGCGGAAGGGAAAUUCUUCUCAAAGAAAAAUUCCCGAGAAUAGUGAAGUCGAGUUUCAAACUAUAAACCUCUCACCGAUUGGAGAUUGCAUAAUCGGUAGGGAACGUUUCAAAGCAUGUCAGGAACUCUUCCACCGUCCUUCAAACCACAGCGUCAGUCUGCCGGAAGCAAUUUAUCUGACAAUUAAACACAACAGCGUCGAUUAUAAUCGUCGAAAUGAUUUAUGGGAGAAUAUUAUCGUAAUGGGUUGUGGAUCUCGCAUUCGCGGGUUUCGGGAAGCCCUCGUUCAGCAAUUACAAUUUAGAUUUCAAUUAACAGGAAAGCUCGAGCCAUAUUAUGUAGCCCAAGGUACAGACUCUAUUAUCGGUAUGACUACGAAUCCUCCUACACCCUAUCCGCCGCUCAUUAAUCCCUGCAAAACAUUACCGGAUUAUUUUCCUUCCUGGAAACCAGAUGCCAGCACGAAUGCUAUGUUUGAAGAAUUGGCAUUCUUGGGAGGUAGUAUUGUCGCGAAGACGUCUUUUAAUGAGUCUGUUGCCUCACAUUAUGUUACGUUUGAUGAAUAUGUUCAGAAUGGACCUACUGAAAUACAUAGUAAGCAAUGAUUCAUUAGUUAUAGAAUUGAGAUGAAUAUGGAUUUUUAGAAGAGUUGGCAUCCAAAAUUUACAUACAAAGGAGUAGCAUUCUACGGCCGUUUUUCGGACUGUUACGAGUACAUCGUGACCGCGUAAAUAUAUAUCGAACUUAAGUUACAAUGCUUAACAUGAAAUCAAAUAUUGC